AUGUCUUUCCAGAACUUCGAUUCGUUCCAAAACCAGCACCCCGCUGCUGACGCCGCCGCCGCCGCGUCUGGCGCUCCCGCGACCGCGGAUACCGCCAUGACCGGCCAGGCCGACCCCGCUACCGCGUCUUUCCAGGGUCCUGCUCCCGGCGAGCCCAACUCUGCUGCUUCUCAGCAGCCCGCCGAGGGCAAGACCACUCUCUGGAUGGGUGAGCUUGAACCUUGGAUUGAUGAGAACUUCGUCCGCAACCUGUGGUUCCAGAUGGGUGAGCAGGUCAACGUGAAGAUGAUCCGUGAUAAGUUCUCUGGGAGCAACGCCGGCUACUGCUUCGUCGAUUUCACGUCGCCCGCCGCUGCCGCCAAGGCUCUGUCUCUCAACGGCUCUCCCAUGCCCAACACCAACCGCCUGUUCAAGCUGAACUGGGCUACCGGUGGUGGCCUGGCUGAUCGCAGCCGUGAUGACCGUGGCCCCGAGUACUCCAUCUUCGUGGGUGACCUCGGCCCCGAGGUCAACGAAUACGUCCUCGUUUCUCUCUUCCAGAGCCGCUUCCCGUCCUGCAAGUCCGCCAAGAUCAUGACCGACCCCAUCAGCGGCAUGUCCCGCGGUUACGGUUUCGUGCGCUUCUCCGACGAGAACGACCAGCAGCGCGCCCUGAGCGAGAUGCAGGGUGUCUACUGCGGCAACCGCCCCAUGCGUAUCUCCACCGCUACUCCCAAGAACAAGGGCCCCGGUGUUGUCCCCGGUGCCAUGGGUAUGCCCGGCCCGGCCGGCAUCUACCCCCCCAUGGGUGCGCCUCCCAUGGGCUUCUACGGCGCUCCCCAGCCCAUGAACCAGUUCACCGACCCCAACAACACCACGGUCUUCGUCGGCGGACUUUCCGGCUACGUCACCGAGGACGAGCUCCGCUCGUUCUUCCAGGGAUUCGGCGAGAUCACCUACGUCAAGAUCCCCCCCGGAAAGGGCUGUGGCUUCGUUCAGUUCGUCCAGCGUCAUGCUGCGGAGAUGGCCAUCAACCAGAUGCAGGGCUACCCCAUCGGUAACUCGCGCGUGCGCCUGAGCUGGGGUCGCUCCCAGAACAACUCCGGCCCCGCUGGCAGCCCUUACCGUCCCGCUCCUCCCCCUCCUCCCAUGUACCCCUCGAUGGGCAUGCCCCCCGCUGCCCACCAGUAUGGUGGCUUUGCGCCUAUGAAGUAUGUUAACGAAGAUUUUCAGUAA